UCGGGAGACUGCUUGGAUUGUGCAGGCGAAAGAAGUCUGAAGACUUUGGUCAGCAUGAAGUAUUCAGUUGUAUUUAGUUUGUCUUUAGUUUUAGUUUGCAUUGCUCUGACAAGUGCUAUAUUACCUUACAAACAAGUAUUACAGCACAGUAGAAUCAGAGGCAGACAGCGAGGCCCCAAUGUAUGUGCUAUGCAACAAGUAGCAGGAUCCAACAAGAAAUACUUUACCAACUGCAAGCAGUGGUACCAUCGGAAAAUCUGUGGCAAACCAACGAUUUUAAGAUAUGAAUGCUGCCCGGGAUACUUGAACGUGCAGGGUGAGAAAGGCUGCCCUGUUGCUUUACCAAUUGAUAAUAUCUACAACACUUUGGGAAAUGUUGGAUCAAGCUCCACUCAGCUUUAUUCAAAGCAAGCCAAACUCAGACCAGAGAUUGAAGGACCUGGUACAUUCACAAUCUUUGCUCCUAGUAACGAAGCCUGGACUGCUCUUCCAGCUGAAGUAAUUGAAGCUCUUGUAAGCAAUGUCAAUAUUGAGUUGCUUAAUGCCCUGCAUUACCAUAUGGUGGAUAGACGGAUUCUCACAGAUGAACUGAAACAUGGUGUAACAUUGCCUUCAAUGUACCAAAAUUUAAAUAUAUUUGUACAUCACUACCCCAAUGGCAUUGUUACAGUUAACUGUGCUCGAAUAAUGAAGGCUGACCAUUUUGCAACCAAUGGUGUUGUGCAUGUCAUUGACAGAGUCAUCACAGCUUUAACGAAUACCAUUCAGGAUACUCUUGAAAUUGAUGAUAACUUCCAGCAGCUUAGAGCUGCGGUAGCUGCUGCAGGGCUGGAGGAAAUGCUUAGCCAAGAAGGAGAGUACACUCUCUUUGCUCCAUCUGAUGAAGCAUUCCGAAAGAUACCGCCUGCAACUCUGAACCGAAUCUUAGGAGAUCCAGAGGCUCUGAAAUCUCUACUCAAUUACCAUAUUCUGAAAAAAGUACAAUGUGCAGAAGCCAUCAUCUCAGGUGCACCCAUGGAAACCUUAGAAGGUUCAACAUUGGAGGUAGGCUGUAGUGGUGACAGUCUGACAAUCAAUGGCAAGACUAUCAUUACCAACAAGGACAUACUAACAACAAAUGGGGUCAUUCAUACGGUUGAUGAGCUACUGAUCCCUGAUUCUGCCAAGACCCUUCUAGAGUUGACUCAUAAGCCUGGUGUUACCAAGAUUGGUGACCUCUUCACUCAAGCUGGUCUUACCUCCCAUUUAGAAAGCAGAGAGCCUUUAACAUUACUUGCUCCUCAGGAUGUGGCAUUCACAGAGGAGUCUCCAGUUAUAAAUGAAGAUGUGAGGAAUCUACUGCUGGAUCACAUUGUGAAAGAUCAGCUGUCCUCCAAAUAUCUAUAUCAUGGGCAGACACUUGAAACUCUGAGUGGCAAAAAACUGAGAGUCUUUAUGUACCGGAAUGCUUUAUGCGUUGAAAACUCAUGUAUUGCUGCACAUGACAGAAGAGGGAGAUAUGGUUCAAUGAUGAUAAUGGACAAAAUACUGACUCCUCCAGCUGGUACAAUUAUGGACAUUCUGAAAGCUGAUGAUCGCUUCAGUAUGUUUGUCGGAGCCAUCCAGACAGCAGGACUGACUGAAAAUCUCAACAGGCCCGGUGCAUUUACAAUCUUUGCACCCACCAAUGAGGCUAUCCUGGCUCUACCAAGCAGGGAACAGAACAGAAUCAUGGGUGACCCAAGUUUGCUGAAAUACCAUAUUGCUGAACAAAUCUUGGUUAGUGGUGGUGCUGCCAGUCAGAUGGUGCUGUUGAAAACCCUGCAUGGCGCUAAGCUGGAAAUCGGAACAAAAAGAAAUGUUCUCAACGUAAACAAAACUCCAGUUAUAGAUUCUGACCUGAUGGCAACUAAUGGUGUGAUCCAUGCUGUUAACAAGGUUCUGCAGCCUAUUGCUACAAGACAAUCAGAAAACCGAAAUGGCAUGGAGAUCAGUAGUGAAGAUAUCCUUCGCUUUGGAGUCAGCCCAGCUAAGAUUCCAAGUCCUAGGCUACGAAAAGUUACCAGAGAUGCCAAUCUGCAAAAAAGCAAGUAAUGUGCAAAGCAGCCAAGUUGAUCAUUGCAAGAACUUUUUUCAGGAACUCUGAAUUCUGUGACUCAUCUUUUUUCCACUUGAAUGUUCAUAUCUCAUAGCAUGUCAUUUAUUCACUAUGAUGUCAUAUUACUUGCUUGUUUGUACAUUUUUCAGAUUGGUUUUGAAACUUAAAUACUAUGUUUUUAACAGGACACUCGAGAUUGCAUUUUGCAUAAUUUUUAAUGAAAUGCAGAGUGUGAGGUGUCUAGGUUGAAGCAACAACUAGUCUACCAGAGCAGUUUGCAGAUUUGAAAUGCAGAGCAUGUGUGGCUAUGUUUGUGUGUAUAUUAGUACUUGUAUGCAUCAGUAAAUGUGUGCAUGUGCCUGAAUGUGUAGAUGUGUGUUUGUGCAUACCCGAAUUGUGUAUGUAUUUGCAUGUGUGCUUAUGUGACAUUGUAUAUUUAUAGUUGAGUCACUGCAAGCCUAUGCACGUACCACUCAGCAAAAUGCUUCUGUGGAAUUGUCUUAAUUUCUGGUUUGCUUGUUAUGAAUAUAACCCAACAUUUAACCAAAAAGGGAUGUUAACUGCAAUACUACAUAUUUUUGUUUCCAUUUAAUUUUUAGUUUUAUUUGCUUCAAUAUACACAUGCUAGUUUGUGUUGAUGGACCUGAAUGUUUCAUAUUGGUGUUAAAAUAUUUGCAUGUCGCAAGUUGCAAUCUGCUUUUGUGCUAUUGUGCUUGAACUUUGGUAAGGGUCAUUUUAUAUACAUUAUUUCCAAGCAGGUUAGAAAUCCUUUUUUAAUAAUAUAUUUAUCUUCAAAAAUUUUCAGAAAUAUGUUAUGUAAUAUUUUCAUAAAUCAUUUCUCUGAAGCAAUUUGCAGCUGCAAUAAAAUGUUCAUUUUUUAAAAGACUUUUUUAAUUAAUUAACGACAGCAGCAGCAUAACCUUGAUACCAACACUGUUAAAUUGGUUAAAUUUUCAAAUGAAUUUUUAACAAAUGUCUGUUACAUUGUUCUUUGUUUUAGAUGUUUAAAUGACCUCUGUAGGUACAUGUCCACACAUACUUUAAAUUCUUCAAAUUCUAAGAUCUAGAGCAAACCCAGCAGAAUGAAAAUAAUUCUGCCUAUACACCAAUCACUCCUUCACUUCAGGUGCAAUUAUACUUGUGCACUAGUGUCACACUAUUAUCUAUUCUGCAAGGUUUCCAAUCCACAACCAUAUGCAUGAAUUUAAAGGGAAGAAGACCUCAUAAAAUUUACACUUUAAAAUAUUGUCCUGCAUUUUACCACAAAAGAAUUCCAAAUUGCAGAGAAGGUAAUAUAAUCUUGACUAAAGUCCCCAUUAAACCUUUGGAGUCUGUCAUUUUUGGAUUUAUUCCUCUGUUUGAAUGCUGUUGGUCAGCCAUUAGCGUCAAACCGCAUGUCCCAUUAAAACCCUUUAGUUGUGGGAGGACGGUAAAAUAGAGAACUCCAAGACUGAGCAAGACAGCAGAUCAAGCUUGCAGAAAGUCAGGUGAAUUCCUAAUACUCCACAUACUUACUUAAACUUGAAAGUUAAACAAGCUUAAAUAGGUAGGUGUGCUUUUCAUCCAUUCAUAGGUUACCUUGAAAAUUGGAAUAGAGAGGUGUUGGGCAAUUGACUUGCAAGUCGCAAUUGUUUGUCUUUUAUCAUCUUAGUCCAAGGGGGCCAUGAAUGUGGUCUUCCAAGAAGUCAGGCUGACUGUCAUGACAUUAGCUCAUAAAGCCAAUUAGCAGUGAAACAAUGGUAAACUUUUCCCUAAGACAAGACAAAAAAAAUGGUUCAGAUACCAGAAAUCUGCACGUGUGGGAAGAGAAAUAGUUAGUGAGCAAAGUUUUACAAUCUGCUGCUGGCAGGUUUGAAGACAAAAAGGGUAACCUGUAAAAUUCUAUAGAUGAUCUCCAUAAUCCUCCCACCUGACUACAAUUGUAUGGAAGGAAAGAGAGGCCCUGUCACCCUCCCCCCAACUGAGGCCUAUAAUUGGCCACUUAAGGACCACUUCCCAUCAGACCUCAAUUUUGAGACUUGUGGAACAAAUUCAAUUAUAGGGAGGAUUUCUAUCAUGUCACCUCUCUUGGGCUUGUACGGAAGAAGGAGCUGAGUGUUCCUCAAGGGUCUCUUUCCAGUUUGAUCUCCAUUCUCAACCCCCAGAAGAUCUCCACAGCUUCUCUAUCAUGAGGUCCACUUUCCCAACUCUCCAAAUUGCAGUUCUGUGCCCUGACAUCCCCACAUCUUGCCUGGUCCUGACUCUGGAACUUAGUGAAAGUGAGGACUGCAGAUGCUCAAGAUCAGAGUCAUUGAAGUGUGGAGUUGGAAAAGCACAGCCAGUCAGGCAGCAUCCGAGGUGCAGGAGCGUGGAUAUUUCGACAAUGAGCUCUUCAUCAAGAAACUCCUGAUGAAGAGGUCCCGCUUGAAACAUUGACUCUCCUGUUUCUCGCAUGUUGCCUGACCGGCUGUGCUUUUCCAGCACCAUUCUGACCUAAAUUCUGGUUUCCAGCAUCUGCAAUCCUCACUUUUGCCUAGCCUUUUCUGGGUGCUCUGUAAAACCGUAGCAUGCUCUUUUUCUUUUGAGUAUUGUAGUGGCUUUUCCAAGGUGGCAUUUCUGCAUCAUAGAACAUUACAGCACACUACACUCAAACCCAUCUAGUCUAUUAGCCUGUAUCUCAGUAUUCUCCUCAACGAUAUUGUCUUUUUCAUGGCUAAAAAUAUUCACUUAGCGCUUCUCCUAUCUCCUCGGACUACAAACAUAACUUUCCACUACUGUCCUUGACUGGCCCUAAUCUUACUCUAGACAUUUAAUUCCUGACAUACCUAUAUCAGUAGCAGAACACUUCUUAUUCAUUGAGGGUGCACAGAAGAGUCGCUAGCUCUCUCCAAAACUCAAUUUUUCAUACAUUAUUGUGUCACCAAUCAAAUCCUAGCCUGCUUUCCAAACCUUGACUUACAAUCUUCCCCAUUUUUGCCUAUGGCCCAUUUAAAAUGUUAACAUUUUUACGCAAUGUCACAAAGUAACUACAUAGAGGUGAACAUCACUACUGAAUCUGCAUAAUGUAGAUUAGAUUCCCCUAAUUCCUGUGGAAACAGGCCCUUCAGCCCAACACACCUUCCAAAGAGUAACCCACCCAGACCCAUUUCUCUCUGACUAAUGCACCUAAUGCUAUGGGCAAUUUAGCACGGCCAAUCCACCUGACCUGCAGGAGGAAACCAGACCACCCAGAGGAAACCCACACACACACUGGGAGAAUGUGCAAACUCCACACAGACAAUCACCCAAGGCUGGAGUUGAACCUGGGUCCCUGGAGCUGAGAGAUAAUAGUGCUAACCACUGAGCCACCCUGCUGCCUGUGUAGAUUUUAGACUUUAUUAUUACCUUCACAUAUUUACCUGAUUAUUUGACUUGCUCAUCUCAUUGAUGUAAAAAUUAUUGUGAAUUACUGCACAUUAUUAGCUCGCCAUUUCAAGUACAAUAAUUCAACAAACUGGUCCUAAUGGCAAUGCUUUUUUAUAAAUUUGUCCUGUGGGAACAAAAAUACUGUACCUAAUAAAGAGAUGUAGCCAAGA